GACCGGCCUGGUUUCUGGGUAAAUGCCUCAGUAGUUCUCUCUGUUGUAAUUGCCUCAGGUUUCAAAAGAGAAUAAAAACUUUCCACUAAUAAUCAAGGCUGUGUGGAACAAGAUCACUCUGUGAGAUGAUUGAUCUCUCUCAUUGGAGAGCCAGGAUUGGCUUAUGGAACUGUUGCCAAGCUGCUUCUGGUAGACCAGCUAAAGCUUCCCAGUACUCAUGCAGAUCUAUAGAGCCAAAGAAAGAAAAAAUGCGAAGACUCUCAAAAAUGUUGCUUCUUUGUGUUUUAAUUAUUUUUUUCGCUGCAUUUUUGAUGAAUCAGUUGUUAUAUAACCUGAGCCUAUCCAAAGGUGUCAAUGAAGUAAAUGUACAACAGUCUACAACUUUGUAUUUAGAAAUAUACACUGAAUCUAAUCAGAAUGUUUGUUAUCAUCUUAUUGUUUUUCUACUUCUCCUUUUAGCAGGAGAUAUUGAACUCAAUCCGGGACCAUGUGCAACUGAUAUACUGAAGCGUAAAUCAGCAAAACUUAUUGCUGCAAUGUCUGCUAAUAUUGUAAAAAUAGCUGAUGAAUUGUAUGCCAAGGAACUGAUACCACAACAAGCCAAAAAUGAAAUGCAUGUAACUGCAGAACCUUACACUAAAGCUAGCAAACUAAUCGCUGCUGUUGAAGGACAACUGGAAGGUUUGGGAGGUUUGGAAGAUUCUCUUCGUUCUAGACAGUAUCUAAUUACUUUUUGUGAAGUACUGAUAAAUCAACACUCCAGAAGUCUAGAAGAUCUUGCAAAAUCUAUGUUGCAAAAUCUAGGCACCCAUGUUUGUUAUGCCUAUAUUGUAACGACUCCACUACAGUGGUUUAGCUACACCCAGGCAUGGUCAGAUCAAAUUAAUUAG